AUGGAGUUGCCUUGCAGUCAGCGGUCCGAUUUGAGUGCUGAAGCCAAGCACGCCGAGCAUCCCUCCCUCCUCUUCCGUUGCAAUCACCAGGAGAAGGACGGCAAGCCUUGUGAGCAGCCGCUUGACAAAGGAUGGGUUACAGCCUGCUCCCACCUGUUCUGCAAUGAGCAUGCGCACAGAUGGUUUGCGAGCCAUGACUCCUGCCCGGUGUGCCGCACCAACCCGGUGAAGCUGGUGCGUAUGGAUCUGUCUCGUGCCUCCCUGCGACGCCGGGGGAAGAGCUGCCUCGUGGGCAUGUCUCCGCCGGAGGUACUCCGAGCCCUCGAGGUCUCGCUUUCCUUCUGGACAGACCAGCAGCUGCUACGCUUUCAGCAAGAAGGACAACACCGCGCUCAGGAAGUGGGACGUCUCGCAUGCAUCGAGCGCACGGGCAAAGCUCGUUUGAUGGAGGCUGAGGACCUAUGCAACGAAUUGGAGAAAAAGAAUGAUUGCAUGGAGAAUAAACUGGCGGAAACUCUCAGAGAGGUGUCAGAGCUCAAUGAUGAACUGAGCAGGAUUUCGGAGACUGCGCACCAGGCUGUUGGGCACAGCUUCCAAAAGGCAGCGCCUGGGCAAGCUUUAGGUGUGGCGAGGCAUGGUUUUGCACUUGGUCGCGUUGACUGUUUGACGUUUGAAGACUUCCUUUACAAUGCCACGCACGGCAUAGCAGCUGCCAACAGCAGACCCGUCAACACGUUGAUUACUGCCAACCUGACGACGAAGGACGAUGCCUAUAACCCCUUCAAUCCGUUCCAUGCCCUUCCUGCUUUCGGAAAACAAGUGAAGAAUGCCUUCAAGUGUCCGUUUGCGACAUGCACACAGGAUGUGGUCACGGAGGACGGGGAUGACGCAGUUGACGACAGUGAUUAUCGCAUACCUGCCUUCCUGAUAAUGCUCAUGAUAUUUCUAGCGGCGCUCAUCUACAUUACAGACUGCCGGAUGAAGGAGAUGUGCGCCAGGCGCGAGGAGGAGUCUCAAGAAGAAGAGGAGGAAGACGAGGACGAGGAAUUCGAAUUGGUGAAACCCUGA